AUGGGGAUCGGAUCCCAAUUUACGAGAGAAGUUUCUCCAGGAGACACUUUGUUAACAGCAAGAGGUUCUUAUCAUGUAACUACUGUCUCCUCGGAUACAUUCCUUAUAGCAGCAGUAGAGCAGCAGCAGCAGCAGCAGCAGCAGCAGCAGAAGCAAAUAGCAGCAGGUUAUUCAUAUAGACGAGCACAAACUCUACCUAUUGAUACCAAUAAUGUACCUGGUGCUGCAGCAGCAGCUGCUGCUGCUGCUGCAGCAGCUUCUGCUGCUGCUGCAUCAGGGCCACUUACACCUGCACAGCAUAGCUGGACAUGGGGACAGCAAACUUACCAGGAGGAGAUACGGCAGCAGCAGCAGCUGCAGCAGCAGCAGCUGCAACAGCAGCUGCAGCAGCAGCUGCAGCACUAUCAGCAGCAGCACGACGAGAGGAGCAGAAGUAUAUCCUUCUCCUCUAUUGAUAGAGAGGGAACAGCAGCAGCAGCAGCAGCAGCAGCAGCAAAUCGUCAGUUACGCCGCUGCUCUGGUGAUGUUGUGUCUGCUGCAUCCGAAGCAGCAGAUGCAGCAGCAGCAGCAGAUGCUGCUGCUGAUACUGCAGCAAGAGUUGCUGCUGCACUAGCAGAUGAUGCAGCAGCAGCAGCUGUUGAAGCUUCUGCUGCAGCAGAUGCAGCAGCUGCAGCAGAGUUUGCUGCUGCUGCUGCUCAAGCAGCAGUAAGUCACCGCAAUCAUGACCAUGAACAGCAGCAGCAAGAGCAGCAAGAGCAGCAGCAGCAGCAAGAGCAGCAAGAGCAGCAGCAGCAAGGAGACCAGGAUACAGGUCUAAGGAGACGCUUCGUUCGUCGUGCUUGUAUGGAGAGAGGAGGCAGCGAAAGACCAGCAGCAGCAGCAGCAGGAGGAACAGCAGCAACAGCAGCAGGAGGAGGAACAACAGAGGAAGCAGCAGCAGCAGCAGCAGCAAUAAGAGCAGCAAGAGUAUCAUCUAAACCCUAUCAUGAAGAAGCAGCAAUAAUGCAUUCAGGUUCUGCUGCUGUUGCUGCUGCAGCAGCAGCAGCAGAAACAGCAGCAGAAGCAGCACAUACAGCAGAAGUUGCUGCUGCUCUUGCUGCAGCAGAAGCAGAAGCAGAAGAAGGAGACGAUUCAUUCGGACCACCCAUGGAUUAUAAAGUAUUAAACCCUAAACCCUAA